AUGCUCUCACGAUGGGUCGUGAGUCUUUGGUGGAUGUUGCGGGUUGUGCGAACUGCCUCAGCGUCGCCAUCUCCAGCGGCUCUCGUGAUACCGCCCAGCGAAUAUUUCGACGGUAAUGACGGACCCUGGAGUAGCUUCUUCAUCCGCGUUGGAACUCCGGAACAAACAGUCCGCGUCCUCAUCUCGACUGCCUCCCCCGAGUCUAUCGUAGUUCUUUCAGAGUAUGGCUGUUCGCGAUCGGUCUUUGACACAGUACCCGCAGACUGCGCAGUCUCACGAGGUACACUUUUCUCAGUCAACCAGUCUACCAGCUGGAUUGACCAGGGUCUGUUCGGCAUCAAUCAGCAAGGAGUUGGGCUCGAAGCGAAUCUAGGGUAUGAUGUACGCGCCGACUUUGGCUUGGAGACCCUCGGCACCGGACUCAACGGGUUGAAGUUGAAGAAUCAGACUGUGGCAGGCAUCGCAGCACCGGAGCCUUUCUAUCUCGGGAUCUUUGGUCUGAAUCCACAACCGGUCAACUUCACCUCAUUGGGAAACCAUUCUUCGCCAUCUUUCUUGACGUCGCUGAAGGACGGGGGGUUCAUCCCCAGUCUCAGUUGGAGUUAUACCGCUGGAGCCAAGUAUCGUCUCAAACAAGUCUAUGGCCAGCUCAUCUUCUCCGGAUAUGACACCUCUCGAUUCACUCAAAAUGCAGUCUCAUUCACAAUGGCUGGAGACAUCACGCGGGACUUGGUUGUCUAUCUCCAGUCAAUCAGUUACAGUGGAUCGUCGUCCUCCAGCUUGCUCUCCGAUCCAAUUCUGAUCUUCAUCGAUUCGACUGAUCCCAAUCUGUGGCUGCCAUCGAAAGUAUGCAAGGAGUUUGAAAAUGCAUUUGGACUCACAAUUGACCACGCGAGUGGCCUCUAUUUGGUGAACGACAGCCAUCACACUCAAUUACUGGCCUCCAAUGCACAGGUAUCGUUUCGCCUGUCAGAUGUUUCUUCUGGGGGAGAUACUGUGACAAUCACAUUUCCCUACGAGGCGUUUGCUCUGCAGGCAAAGCCACCACUUGUCAACACAAGUAGCUAUUACUUUCCACUCAGGCGAGCCGCCAAUGCAUCCCAGUAUACGUUGGGCCGCACAUUCUUACAAGAAGCAUACCUAUCAGCCGACUACGAACGAGGCAUCUUCAACGUUUCGGCAUGUUCAUGGAGUGACAACGCUCAACAAACAAUAAUCACAGUCCCGCCCAAAGGAUCGACUCCCAAUUCCACUUCUCCAUCUUGCGGGGGAAGCGCAUGCCCACAGAGCACAAACACCUCAAGCAAUGGUGGUUCGUCGCUCAGUCAAGGGGUAAUCGCUGGUAUUGCGAUUAGCGCUCUUGUGGGGGUGGGCAUCAUAGCCGCAAUGCUUCUAUUCUUGAUCCGUCGCCAACGCCAAAGAAGCGCGAGCGAGAAGAAUUCACCCAUAUCGCAUCGGUCGAGAUUCUCCGGGUCUGUGUCAGACCCACCGAGUGCACCGAGCACACAGGCUAUAGCGCGGCCGCCCUUCUGGUCGCCUGAUGCUAUCUUUGGCAAUAUCGGGAGCAGCAACGAGGUGCCUAGUAGUGAUAAUUCUGCGCCACCUCAGCAGAGCGUGAAUAGCCGGGGUAUGGAACUGGAUGGGCAAGAUACCCAGAUCGAGCCGGUUUACUAUGAACUAGCAGGCGAUGAGAAUGAUGUGGGAAAAGGUGAAACGCGAGAACAUGGCCGAACUAUUACGAGUCCAUCCGUGACCUGA